AUGCCUACGAAGUUUGCUGUCCGUACUACCAUUUUAGCCAAAAGAUUUCAGUACAGUUGGAUGUUUGUCACCAACCUUGACUUUGAUGAUGAUGAUUCAACUAAUGCCACUGAUAUCUUUUCAAGACUUGCUCUUCUCCUCACGGAGUCCAGGCAUAAUUCUGAUAGCUUUAUAAAAUUUGUUGAUCGGGUUUUGGAAUCUUGCAGAUCACCUCAAGUUAACUUGGUCCGAAUUCAUGUGUAUUAUAAAGUUCGAGAGUCAUGCCCGUCAAAAUGGAUCGAUAAGGCGGUCAGGUUAAACGUUCGUGAGUUGGACUUGCGACUUUCCUUGUCUCAUUUGCCUUUAAGCCUUCGCACUUGCAAGACACUCACAAAGUUAGUCUUUCAUCGUACUGGUCGUGAUCGCCAAGCUUCCAAGUGUUGGGAGUGUCCGGAACGAGUUAGUCUUCCUUGUUUGAAAACUCUUGACAUUGAUGUAUGUGACGAUCCACAUGAAAACGCAUUUAGGGUCAUCAGUGGCUGCCCUUUACUUGAAAAUCUGUCUUUGGAAGUGUACCGUGUCUGGGGCGAGUACGAACGUCAAGACGAUUACAUAUUCAAUAUACCUACUUUGAAACGACUGAAACUAAUGUUGGGUUAUGAUUUAGUUAACCACAAAGUGGUUUUAAACGUCCCUAAGCUCGAAUAUUUCGUUCUUUGUGGAGAGUUGUUCUCGCUUUUUGUAAUGGAAGAUGUGUCAUCUCUGGCGGAAGUAACAUUAUCAAUUGAAAGGUUAGACAGUGAUCAUCAUCUGUGGGAUGAGCUUUUUAAGGGAUUAAGCGGAGUUAAAUCAUUGUCAGCUCAAAAUGAAAACAGCCGUGGUUGCUUCGGAUUCAUUUCACCUUUGCCUGUUUUUCAAAACAUGAAGCACUUGGAGUUGAAUCGUUUUUGGAAUCCAGAAUUUAUCCCACUUGUUCUUGAAAGUUCUAUUCAUUUUUCUUGUGUUGAAAACCAAAGCAUGAAGAAUCUGAUUGGAUUGAACCGAAGAAAUGCAGAGGUUUUGAAGACGGUAACAAUCACUUGGCGUAAUCUAUGCUUUCAAGAAGAAACACGGUUGGCUGCGAAACUGCUUAAGGUUCCAAGGGCUUCCCAUGAUUGUGAAGUCAGUUUUAUUGGAGGUGGUUCUCUCUCUAAUGCUAGUUACUAG